UCAAUGCCUGGGAUCGGAAAAUCUUGUAGCAACGUCUGGGUUUGGGUUUGGGUAUUGAAGAGGGGGGGGAUGACAAGGAAUGCUGCAAUCACAUUGUUGACUGGGGGUCAAAAUCUUGAUUUGGUGGUGUCGGACGGGGGCACGAGGCCCAACCGCAUUUUCAUCAAGGCCAUCGUCGGCGUCGAAUUUCGGCUUGGGGAGUCCUUGGAUUACAGUGCCGAGUGCUGGCAGCAAGGUGGUUGUGUCAAGGUACCUCGUCAUCCGACAGACUCUACGUCGCAUGUACCGGCGCCGACUCGAAGGCGCGAUCGGGGGGGCGAUGGAUGGAAGGCCUCUCCGGUUGGCUGUGGGCAAACACACGUUGUUCCCGGAUCCCAGUCUCCGUGAAACUUUUGGUUGCACGAGCAACUGUGACGUUGCGGUGCAGGCCAGUCAGCGGCUGCAGGCCGGGGACUGGGAAGAAGCAGCAGCAGCAGCUCCAGCUCCAGCUCCAGCCACUGCCGACCCCGACAGCGACAGAACCAAAAAUCACGAGCAGAGAUCUCUGAUAUCGGCGCGCAUCUCUCCUCCAUUGAGCAACGAAAGCGGAGUGGCUGUCAUCGGUCGAGGAUGCAUGAGUGCUCCGAAGUGUGUCUAUUGUUCGACGGUCGGCGGUGGUCUGAUACGAGCACUGACGUCAUCCUUCGCGAAGUCCACAACGGCGCGACAUUCCUUCGAUGGCCAUCGAUGCAGAGACCUGUCCGGUGCUCUACCUAACUCGCCAACCCUCCUGCCGACAUCCGCGGAGAAGUUUCGAGAGGGUUCUCUCUCGCAUCAAGUCUCCUCGCUGCGGAGAAUGGGCAGACUCGCGGUCAUCGUGGGUAGUUACUGUAAUCGACUGCAGGCAGAGGUCGAGGCCAGAAGAAGAGGAAAAGGAAGAAGAUGAAGAUGAAAGUGGAGAUGAAGAAGUCGCUAGCCUUGUCUUCCAUACCUCUCACGAUCUUUGCAAUUCCCCUAUGGGCCGUUUCCGGCCGUCCUGCCCUGUACCGGACGGAUCAAGCAGCCGUCGAUUCUAGGUAUGAUACAUACGGUACUCUACUGUGCGGAAGGGAGCCUGCCGCUUUCGAAGAUAGUGGGAAGGACCUCCGGGCCAGCCAGUGGUGUAGACAUGGUAGGAUGAGAAAUCAA